GGCAGGGCGCUUGUGUAUCCGCGGUGUAACUAUCGCGAGAAUACAGUUAUCAGUGCACACAACCCCGCUCGCAAGGUUGUAUCGAUACAUCGCGGGCUUUCGAUCGCUCAUUUAGCUGAUUGUCGCUUGUUUGCGGCUAUGUUCGUGUAAGUCUGUCGUCGUUUUCGCGAAUCCUGCGAAAGCUGUGUAUGAUCAUCUUCCCGCUUUAUUCACGUCUUAUGUGAAUAAAUCUCUCAAAAAUGUGCGAUGGAGACGAUCCAAGUAGUCGAGAAAAGGUGUAAGGAAGUGUUUACAAAAUAGUCGAUGAUAGUCGAUGGGAAACAAAUUGAAACGACUGGGUUGUUCAGUUUUUGGGAAUACCGCGCCAAAAAAAGUGAAAAGAGCAGAUUCGCCAAAGAUGAACAUACCUGUGGUCUUAGUUCUUCUUUUUCCGUUCUUCUGUGGAAAAGUAGAAAGUGUUACGGCAGACUUCUCCUGCGGAGGUCACUUGACUAGCUCAAGAGGGCUUAUCUACACAACAAAUUUCCCUGGAUUAUUUCCUGUUCCUAUCAAGUGUUGCUGGGUGAUCGAUGCAUCAGAUAUUCCUUCUACCAAUAGUUCUAUCGUCGUUUAUUUGACACAACUCUAUGUGUACAAAGGAUUGCGUUUUACGGAAUAUGCUUAUUACGAAUCAGACACUAUGAAUUUUGGAGCUGCCUUGAUUAAAGAAGUAACUGAAGGCAACGUCUUUGAACACCAAUUAAUCCGAACUUUUCGACCGUUUUUGGUAAUUGAAUUCGAACUGGAUCGACUAGAAGGGAGUCAUGUGAGAGUACUGAAUGAUUUACUGGAUGUGUACGGAUUUAACAUAACUUAUGAAAUAACAGAAGAACGGCCAAAUCCUGAAUCCUGCACAGUACGUGAUUGUUCGUUUGCUGGAAAUUGCGUUGUUACAGCAGAUUACACAUCUUUCUCGUGUGAUUGUUUUAACGGCUUUAAUGGUGCUAGUUGCAACGAAGGCCCAUUAUGCUUUAACGAGGAACACGAUCUAGUUUGUCAAAAUGGAGCUACUUGCAGACAAAUAGGAGCAGAAGCGAUGCAUUGCGAUUGUCUGAACGGAUAUGUUGGGCCCAAGUGCGAAACUCGUCUUUUGGAUAUGCUGGACACAGAAUGCGCUUCAGAACAUUGCAUAUUGCAAUGUCCUUUUGAUGAGCAACAACAACCGUGCAUUUGUAAAGACGGUACAAAGAUAUACAACAAUCGUUCGAGAUACGAAUGUAGAAUCAAGUUGUCCAACGUUACGUCUCUUCGUAAUGGUUUAGUAUCUCAACACGGAAGUUUGGAAUCGUUCGUCAGUAAACAGCUUGCGAAAUACCUAAGGAAUUCUAAUAUCACUUCCAUGGAGGAAUUAAAAAUCCUGAGCGUGACACCCACAGCUGAGGUAACAUUCCAUUUUUUCGGAAAUUCCGACGAUGGAGAUAAAAUACGUGAAUCACUCAAUCGACUCGUGCAGCGUCGGCGCCUCAGCGAAAUCGCGUUGGAAUCUACGCAUUUUACGUUUCAGCAAAAACCAGCGCUCAGACUACAGAGUCUAUUUCUGAACGAGCCUAAUGUGAACGACUACGAAGUUCACUUGGAAGAAUAUGUCGCCUUGUCGUGCAUAGCACAAGGAAGCUACAGCACAAACUUUACCUGGUACAAAGACGGCAUGCUGGUGAACACGAGUAAAGCUAUCAGAGAAAUAUGGAUUGCCCAGUUGCCAAACGACGGGGACGUAUAUACGUCGAUGUUGAUAAUUACGAAGGCGACUCUGCUCGAUGCCGGUCAGUAUACUUGUCAAGUAACGGACUGGGGUGUGCAACAGUGUAAAAGUAUUUACAUUGAAGUUCGAGACGAUCCGGACGUGAAGGUGAUACCGAUGAGCGCCACUAUAGAAAAAGGUAGCAACAUACAACUGACAUGUAUGACCCCUAACAUGCACAACAUCGAUAUCGGAUUCGGUUGGACGAAGAAUCGCGCUUUGCUGAAACUGGAGCCCGGCCAAGCAGUUUGGGAAGACUUGUAUCCGGCGGGUAGCAUUUUAAAGAUCACCAAUGCCCAGAAAUCGGUGAUCUAUACCUGCAAAGUGGCGCACAAAUCGAUGUCCGUUCGAGUUGAGGUCAUGAAUCGAACGUUAGUACCGAUAUGCGUCAACGGAAAAUCCUGGGGCUUGCAAUGGCCAGAUACUGUUCCAGGAUCAGAGGCAUUACUGGAGUGUCCGCGAUAUUUUGUGGGCCAACGAGUGUCCAGGCUCUGUUCGAUGAAAGACGCCACUACACCCGAAUGGCAGAUACCGGAUUUCUCGUCUUGUUUGUACAAGGCGUUGAUUGGACCCUACAAUAACUUUCGAAGCCUAACACUAGGUUAUCAAAAUACCACAAGUUCCGACACGAUCUUCGCCUUUUUGAAAAUCUUGCACAAACGUACGUUGCCGCUUUAUCCUGGCGAGGGUGAUCGCAUACUAAGCAUGUUGGCCGAAAUCGAUCGGUACCAACAUAAAAUCGAUCCGCCAGACGCAUUUGUCUCCGCAGAGGCUUUGAUUCAAAUAACAAAUCGCAUUCUAAGCGACAAAUACUCUAUCUUGAGUCAGGAGAAAUUAUCGGUGCUGCUUCAGCUUACGAAACGCAAUUUAAUUCACUGGUCUACAGAACUGAAACAAAAAUCUAAACAUCUGUCCAUGUCAUCCAUGGUUGUGGAUAUUCAACAACUGCAAUCUCUCGGUGUGCAAUCUCACAGUGGAGACGGUUUUACGCAUUCUCUUCAAAUACCUUCGGCUGAUUAUGUAUAUCCUGAUUGGUAUGAGGACAAAAUAGUUGUAAGAUUAUGGAAAAAGAAGCAACGCAAUGUAAAAUCCAAUGUUACAUUUCCCGGAAUCGUCAUCGUGUACAAAAAUUUGUCACAUUUUAUACCGACUGCAUAUGUCAAAGAGCUCGACGAUGGUACGGAUCUGGAGUUUCGCAUCAAUUCUCGAGUAAUCGUUGUCGCUGUGCCCUCCUUGAUUGUCGAUAAUAAGCACAUUAAGAUAUGGGUCGAUUUGCAAAUUCGUCAUUUGCAAAAUCAAACGAGUUCCUGGAACACAUCGUGCGGUCUGAUGGGCAACACCGGAUCUUGGGAUCUCGAUAGUUGCUUAGCAAACACGGUGUACGGUGACGGGAUGACGCAUUGUUUGUGCCCUACCGCGGGUACCAUAGCUGUGUUUUUAACAACUCGCGCUGCAAAAGUAGUACUGGCAAAAACAGAACAAACUACGUUUAUUAUACUGUUCGGAUGCGGCAGUUGCCUGGCUCAAUGCCUGCUGUCUGCUCUGAUACUAAGCACCUUCUGGUGGAAGUACAGAACUUGGCUGAAUUUUUUGAAGCUUCAGUGCUGCGGUGCGUUAAUCGGAGCGAUGGCUAUUUUCAUCUACGCUGUCUACAAUAAUCUUCCAGAGUCAUCUUACUCGCUCGUAGCGAUUGGGUUAGAAGCAUUUCUCCUGGUCGGUAUGUCCGCACCUAUUUCUGAAGCUUUGAUAGUAUAUGCCGAACUUACGCAAAUCCGACCGAGUCAACACCUCCAGUCGACAGUUAUCGCCGUGAUAACCGGUGUUCCGAUUCUGGCUGUAUUCGCGACCGAGUUAACGCACAAGAGUAUCGGAUGGCGACACGAGUCCUGGUGGCUGAUACACGGCAGCGGCGUUUAUUACAUAUUUGUCAGUUGCGCAACGAUGAUGUUUUUGGUGUUCAUACUCCUUUACAUGGGAGUGCUCCAGAAGGUUCACACAUUGGUAGAGACAAACGUGAUGAAGAGAGAAGCUAUAGAAGCGAGAGUACGAAUAUUACAUCGUGCGGUUUUUGUCAUAUGUGGUAUCGUCGCCGUGGAAAUGUCCUCUAUUUUCUACAUAAAUUCGUCGUCCAUAAUUUUCCACUACUUGUUCGCGUCCUUAUCUUGCGCUCUGGGCUUUGAUAUAAUAAUCGCAUACAUCGUCAACGGUGAAGUUGCGGUUGUCGGGCCACUUUUGCGAAGAAUCAUGGUGAAACGCAGAGCAAACGAGGAAAAUACUUCGGAGCCUAUCAAAGUAUGUUCGAAAGCUGACGCGGAAGCUGAAAACGAUUCGGCAACUCCACCGGCGCCUUUGUCAAUCUCCGGCGAGCCGUAUCGGGAAGUGCGUGGUGUCGCAGCGGGAAGCAUAGAUAUGCGCGAGUUUGUAUCCGAGUCGUCGUCUGUCUACUCCAAAUCGUCCGUGCCACCGACCGGCAGAUUCUUGCCGGAAAUCCGGGUCGAUCAUUCGGACGACAUCGAUCUCGAGAACUACAGCACGAGCCCGCGUAAGUAUCAGGAACCGCCGGUGUUCGUCGAUCCGACAUUCGCAAGUCGCGGUGCUCGUUGUGUCAACGAGACGUCGACCUACGGCGGUGACUGCUGCAGUUUUCGCGGUGACGUCACCAAGUAUCGCAGUGGCGACGGCAAAAUCUUUUUGCCGUCGGCAGGAACCGUAUCCGCCGAAUCUUCGGCCAAGGUACUCUGCAGCGCCGAUGUGGAGUCACGUCUGGGUGCUAUGCCGGAUGUCACGUUGGCCGUGAAGAGCGACGUCGAAUUGUCAUCGCGAACGAGCGUGGAACUGAAGAGUCGGGAGCACGUGGUGAGCGCAAUACCGGAUAUCGCCAACACGAGCGAACGCAAGCAGCCCGAUGGCGAGGAGAAGACACCGGAGAUCGUGGUGUCCGGCGCUUGCGACAGCACCACCAGCGGUAUGCUGGACCGCAUCUCUCACGAUCUUGAUUAUCUGCUUAAUCGCACUCAAGAGGGUGCUUGAAAUAUAUCCGGGGAUAGUGAGAAAAUAUCGCUGCGCAACGUCGAUUAUCAUUAACUUUACUUUCGAAUUCGGCGUCGCGCAAACGAGUGAGUCGGUGUAGAUUGUUGAAUUUGUACAAAACACAUAUUUCAUCAUCAAAAUAUUUCCACAUAGAUGAGUGAGUCGCAGUUUGUCUUAUGUGAAAAAUGUGUGUAGCGGUUUCUUUUUUAUUUAGAACAUCGCGUUUAUCAUUGUAUAAUGUGAAAGAUAUGAUCGUGAGAGGUGCUUUUUUCAAAUCAAUUUUAAAACUAAAAAAACAUAUAUAUAUAUAUACACUUUAAUCUUUUCAUAUUUCUCACCUUCUCGCACGUGCAUACUCGCGUGAUUGUGGAUCGCAUAAUAUGGGAUCGACUCAAUUAUUGCUCACACGUGAAGAACAAUUAUUAACGCAUCGCACUCCAUCCAUCAGAAUUUAUUUUAACUAUAAUCGGAAUUUUCCGUGCUCCGUUAUGUGGACAUUUGUACUUACGUCCAUUGUGUGUGUAUCGAGAAAAAAAAAACCUGUCAUUUCUCUAAUAAACUGAAUAUAUGAUGAUAAAAAUA